UAGAUCUGGUUGAACAUGGACAGAUCAAAUCUAAACCAGACAGACUGAGAGUUACAACAAACUGUUCUCUGGUUAUAAAGAAGGUCACAGAUGAUGAUGUUGGUCUUUACACCUGCAGACAGUUCAUAUCAGGACGACAACAAGGAGCAGACUUUCAGGUUUAUCUGUCUGUUAUUACCAUGACUGAACGUGAGGACAAUGAUAAAGUCGUCUUGUUCUGCUCUGUGUUGGAUUAUGAUGCAUGUAGAUACAAAGUGGAGUGGCUGUAUGAGGGUAAAGAGGAAACAUCAGACAUGGAGAUAUCACCACCUUCCUGCACUCACCCUGUGACAUUUACAUCAUCCCACCUUAAUCAGAGGAUUUAUCAGUUAUUGAAGUGUAAAGUGACGAAUGGUUACACUAAGAAAGUUCAGCUGUUUACCUUCAGCCCUCAGUCCUCAGAUGCAACAAAGAAGAAAGUGAAAUCAACAAUUAAACCAACAGCAACAAGUAAAAAAAUGACAACAUCAGUGAAACUCGCCUCAUCAGAACACACAAUCAACAACAAUCCAUCAGAUCAUCAAGGUUGGUCAUGGUGGUAUAUGAUUGUUCCUGUGGGUUUAUUAUUACUCUUGAUAUUUGUCAUCAUCAUCAUCAGAUGGAGGAAAACUAAAGGAAAGAAAACACAGAUGAAAGAAAACACUGAACUGAACUUAAACUCUGCAGAGACUCAGUCUGGUCCAGAAACCAGUCAGGACACGGCUCAACCUGAGGAUGGUGUUUGCUACGCCUCCAUCAGCUACACCAAGAAGACCAAGAGUAAAGCUAAAGCCCAGGACCGUGAUGAUGAUGAUGAAGUUAGCUAUGUGGUCUACAGCACUGUGAAAGCUUCCUCCUCUUCUGCUGAUCCCAGAGACCUCUAUUCUACCAUCAACGAACUAAACAAAUAAGAGGUUAAAUCUGUUACAUGGAACAUGAAAGCACCAAG